UACGUGUCGCUGUGCAGUGCAUGUCUCUCCAUGGGUCCAUUCAGGUGUGCUGACUAUGCACCUGAAUGGCAUUGCGCCCUGGGGUGCACUGUGUGUUGCGGUCGUGUAUCUGUGCUGCAAAUCGCUCUGUGAGCAUGUGUCCCCGAGUUGCCGCGCACCACGAUGCGGGUGGACGUGCAUUUCUCUCUGUGCUGGGUGCUUGGGGAUGGCCAUGGCGUGUCCCUGAAUGUAUGUGGUGUGUCUGCACACGCCAGGUGUCACUGCACGGGCAUAUGAUGUUGGGAUGCUGUUAUCAGCCCAUCGCUUACACAGAUGUGUUGAGUGUGGUGUCUGGGUGUCACUGAGUCAAUAUACGUUGUGUGUCUGUGGGAAGACAGUGUGUGUCAUGCUGAUGUAGCUAUCGCUGGGCACCGUGUGCGGGGUCUGGCUGUGGCUCUGUGUCGGAGGAUGUUGUAUCAGUUUUGAUUGCCAUGUUUGUGCCUGUGUGUGGACAAUAUUUGGGUGGUCACGUGCCACACGGGGCAGAGCCUGCCUCGCUGAGCACCGGUGUGUGCCACACCAUAUGUGUGGUGUCUGGGUGUGGCUGUGGGUUUCAGAGCUCAUUGGGGGUUGUGAGUCACUCAGUGUAGCUUGUGUUGUGUGCCCAUGUGUGGUAGGCUCCAUCUCCGGCCAUGUGUGUGUGAGGGUUGAUCACCCGGUGUCUUGUGGUGUCUGGGUGUGGCCGAGUGUAGGUGUGUAUUACACGGCGCAGACCGUUGUGUGUGACAAAACCUAUUGUGUCCCAGUAGUAUGUGUCUUUAUCCACGUGGAUGCACGCCUCUUCCUUGCUCUGCCCCAAGACACACCCCAGUCCCUCCUUAGACUGAGAAGGGAGGUUGGGGAGCCUCCCCUCUGCCCAAGGGCCACGCCAGCCCCUCCCCGCCCUGCCCAGCCGUCACCACCCCCAGAGGGCAUAGACUCCCUCCGUGCCUCAAAGCAAGAGCCCCAGAGCAAGGAGCAGAGCAGGCUGAGGACCUGCAAGCCACAGUGGCUGCCCUUUGUGUGCUGCGAGGUGGGGGACCCUGGGCAGGAAGCUGGCUGAGCCCCAAGACCGCAGGGGCCAUGGGCGGGGAGCUGGUGCCAGGCCUGGGGGCCCUACAGCGGCGAAAGCGGCUGCUGGAGCAGGAGAAGUGGCUGGCUGGCUGGGCACUGGCACUGGCGGGAACUGGCAUCGGACUCAUGGUGCUGCACGCGGAGAUGUUAUGGUUCGGAGGGUGCCCGUGGGCGCUCUACCUGUUCCUGGUUAAAUGCAUGAUCAGCAUUUCCACCUUCUUGCUUCUUUGUCUUAUCGUGGUAUUUCACGCCAAAGAGGUCCAGUUGUUCAUGACCGACAACGGGCUCCGGGACUGGCGCGUGGCGCUGACCGGGCGGCAGGCGGCGCAGAUCGUGCUGGAGCUGGCCGUGUGCGCUCUGCACCCGGCGCCGGUGCGGGGUCCGCGGUGCGCUCAGGGUUUGGGGUCCCGGUCCGCGGCGACGCAGUCCUGGCCGGGCUUCCUGGACGAGGGGGAGGCGCUGCUGUCGCUGGCCAUGCUGCUGCGCCUCUACCUGGUGCCUCGCGCCGUCCUCCUGCGCAGCGGCGUCUUGCUCAACGCGUCCUACCGCAGCAUCGGCGCCCUCAACCAGGUCCGCUUCCGCCACUGGUUCGUGGCCAAGCUGUACAUGAACACGCACCCUGGUCGCCUGCUGCUCUGCCUCACGCUUGGCCUCUGGCUCACCACCGCCUGGGUGCUGUCGGUGGCCGAGAGGCAGGCCGUUAAUGCCACUGGACACCUUUCAGACACACUGUGGCUGAUCCCCAUCACAUUCCUGACCAUUGGCUAUGGGGAUGUGGUACCAGGCACCCUAUGGGGCAAGAUUGUCUGCCUCUGCACUGGAGUGAUGGGGGUCUGCUGCACAGCCCUGCUGGUGGCCGUGGUGGCCCGGAAGCUGGAGUUUAAUAAGGCAGAGAAGCACGUGCACAACUUCAUGAUGGACAUCCAGUAUGCCAAAGAGAUGAAGGAAUCGGCUGCCCGAGUGCUGCAGGAGGCCUGGAUGUUCUACAAACACACCCGCAGGAAGGACCGUGGAGCUGCCCGCAGGCACCAGCGCAGGCUGCUGGCUGCCAUCAACAGGUUCCGCCAGGUGCGGCUGAAACACAGAAAGCUCCGAGAGCAAGUGAACUCCAUGGUGGACAUCUCCAAGAUGCACAUGAUCCUGUGUGACCUGCAGCUGGGUCUGAGCAGCUCCCACCAGGCCCUGGAGAAGCGGAUGGACGCACUGGCGGGGAAGCUGGACACCCUGGCUGAGCUGCUUAGCAAUGCCCUGGGGCCGCAGCAGCAUCCAGAACCACGCCAGGAGGCCACGUAGCUGGAUCCAUGGAGGCAGACCAAGCUACUUUCCCCAGGAUUGAGGUCGAGGACACUGUCCCUGCUACUCCUGACCCAGCCCUACGAAUAAAGCACCUCAAGUGCAAGGACCGAAGGGGGCCCCACCUUUGGAUGGGCUCACUCACGGAUGGCUGCUGGAGGAGACACUGGCUCAAGAAGAAAGGCCGUGGCCACACAAACACACACCCACCCCCGAUUCCCCCAAUGGGAAAAUGGUCACUACUACCCUACAUACCCUGGACAAAACAUCCUCGCUAUGCUGCUAUGGAUGACCUCCAGCUUUCAGUUAGAAGGGGAGGUGCCUGGGGGUGAGACUCCUGGGUCCCAGAGGAGGAGGGGAUGGGGGGUGGGGGAUGGGGGUGCAGAGUCCAGGAUCCUGGGAUGCCUCAGUUACUGCUGGAUACGGGAGCUGAAGGAACCAGGCCUGAGGCUGAGGGGAAGCAGCGCCCUCUGCCGGGAGAGCAAGGAGAACACAGUCUUCCAGAGCUGCAGAGGAUCUGGUGGAGAGAAGGCGGGUGGGGGGCACAACUCACCAGUCUCUGUUCUUAACUUUGUAAUAAAUGUUAAACAAAGCCA